AUGGAUGAAAAUGACGACUACGACGAGGGAAUAUACUUCAAAGUGCCGGAAGUGACGCAAGAUGGCUCGUUGACGAUGGAAACCACUUUCGAUACGGAUCCAGAGGAUGAUGACGAGGUAACCGAAAAGAAAAGUCGAAAGCUAAUCCCUCCCCAGCUUCAGCCGCCGUUGGAACCUCGUUUCAAGUACGAACGGCUCAAAGGAGAAGAGUCGAUGACGUUCAUGAAAACUGCUUCGUUCACUGCCAUUGAUCUGCACGACAAGUUUCUGGCGAUAGGCACGUCGAAGGGUUUCAUCUAUAUUCUUGACCAUCACGGAUACGGAGAUUUUGAUAACGUGCCGGUAGGAAACAAUCCAAACACAUAUUUAUUGAAAUCAACACUUUUUCUUCUGCUUUCAGGUCAUGAAACCUCAUCGUUGUUCUGUCACGAAUCUGAAAUUCGACGAAACCGGAUCGUACGUGCUGAGUUGUGCGAAUGACGGUAAAAUUGUAGUAUCUGGAGUAGGCAACGAUCGGCUAUGUUGUGUAAGUUUGGAAAACUCGCCUACGUACUAAUCUGCCCUUUUUAGACGGUGAACAUCCAAGGAAUGCCCAAGUCCGUCGCCUUUUCGCCAGAUUUCAACCGACAACAAUCUGGUCACUGCUUCGUCGUGGGAGAACGGAGUCUAGUGAUCUACGAGAAACGUCUGUUUCAGUACAAAGCGACGGUAAACUCCCCGAGCUUAGAAACCAGGUUGACCUGCAACUUUUCAGAGCUUGUGGGCCGGCUCCGAAAGGGAUGGAUUCAUCAACUGCUGCUCGUGGAGCGAAAACUUUAUUGCAUUCACGAACGACACUGGAACCAGGAUUUAUGAAAGGUACAGCAUCUUUCCCCGACAGUCUGAACAAUACAAUUCAUAACAGAGGAACAGAAAAGAUAAUCACGAGUGUGCAGCCAUCCCAUGAUGUCGACCGGGUCCGUUCCUCUCGAUCACCACCGAAACACCUAUGGAUGGCCGACAGCAAUUUGAUAAUUGGCUGGGCGGACACUGUCACUUUUCUCAGGAUACGAGACACUGAUGGAGUGAGUUCACGGUGACAUGUCCCAGGUAACAAUAGAAGUAUUCAGGUACGGAGAGGAGAAAUUCAUCACAUUUUCCACGUGUCAAUGUUUGUCUGUGGCAUGUCGUACAUUCCAAACACCGGAGUUGAGAAUGUCGAGCUGUUUCUAAUUGGAUUGCAGUUGGAAGGAGAAGAUUUUGAUGACUGCGCGGUUAGUUUCAGUUUCACAAAACAUCAAUUCAAAAGUAAUAUACUUUCACUUCCAGUCGGUCAUAUCAUCAGUUACGACGUUAACAGCCACUGAAAACAGUGCUUGCUCUGUACUGAAAACUUGCGUCAUCCGACCACUGGGCCUCAAAGAGUACGAGCUGCAAUCUGAAGAUGUCAUCGAGAAGUAAACCAAUCAGGCAUUUAUUUCGAUUUGCUGCAAUAAAACAGUUCCAGCGUGGCUCUUGCUAAACACACACUACCUUCUAUGAUCAACGGACUUGGAAUUCCGUACCUCAACACGUACUUCAUUCUCACCAAUCGAUAUGUCAUCAUGGCACUUCCCUACGGACCUGAAGACGGAAUCAAAUGGAGGCUCAAGUACAAGUUGUACGAUGAAGCUUUUGAAAUGGCCAAGCAACAUGUGAGUUCCUAACACAAAUAGUUUCAGGCGAAAAUCUUUAUUUUUCAGGCGGAACUUCUUGCUAAAACCGAAUACAAUAAGACAAAUGUCGGACGGCUCAUCAUCGAAGGAUAUCUGACUGGAAAACGAGCCAAGGCUGCUGCAUUCCGUCUUCCAGCGAUUUGCGGGGAGAAUAAAGAGGAGUGGGAAUGGGCGGUGCAGCGCUUCGCAGACGCCCGAUUGUGCACUCUUCUUGCUGACGUGAGAAAACUUCCACCAAACGUUCAGAGAAACCCUUGAAACCAGUUACAGGUCCUUCCCGAGAAGCCACAGCUCGAGGCGGAGACAUAUGAGACUGUUCUCAUGGCCUGUCUCUUCAACAAUCCGCGUCAGUUCCGAAAACUUGUGCAAACGUGGAGUCCGGAUUUGUAUCAAACAAGUUAUAUAAUUGAUAAAGCGCAGUGGAGAAUCCAACAAAUCAGCAAGUCGGGCGAUGAGAAGACCGCUAUCGAUGAGACGGAACGGAUUCUGAUGGACUCGCUCGCUCACCUCUACCUAUACGAAAGGAAGUACGAGAAUGCGCUGAAGAUAUUGAUGUCCUGCCAUGACUUUCAAAUCUUCAAUGUCAUUGACAAACAUCAACUGUUCGAUCUCGUCAAGAACAACAUAACCGAGUUGAUGGCCAUCAACUCGGAGCGAGCUCUCCGACUGCUUCUCGACAAUGCAGAUUCAGUCGAACCGGCGUUUGUCAUGGAGAAAAUUGGUCGACAGCCGAAACUCCAACUCGCGUAUCUCACAAAACUGAUGAGCAGAAACGAAGGAGUCGAGUUUGCCGACAGAGCCGUUCAGCUCUAUGCUGAGUACGAACCGAAAAAGUUGCUGCCGUUUUUGCGGAAGAAUGUGAACUACAAUGUGAAUAAAGCUAGGAAACUUUGCGAGGAUAAAUGCUUUGUUGAGGAGGUCAGUAAGUUGUCAGCUUGCACUUCUAACUUUUGUAUUUCAGACCAUUUAUCUUCUUGCGAAAAGUGGAAAUCACUACGAAGCUGUGAAAAUGAUGGUCAGAGAGUACAAGAACAUGGAAAAAGUGAUAGCAUACUGCAAAGGUAUCGUUUUGAUAGACUUCAUUCAUUAUUUUCGUAUAUUCAGAUCAAAAUGAUGCGGAUCUUUGGAUCCAUUUGCUGGAAGUUGUCACCGAGUACCCAUCUCACUUCGCGCAGUUGAUAAUAGAGGCGUCGAACUGCCUGGAUCCAGUAUUGAUCAUGGAGAAAUUGCCGGACGAUACGGAAAUUCCGAAUUUGAGCGAAGCCCUGGAUAAACUGUUGACGGAUUACACGAAUCAUGCCGAGUCACAAGAAAGUAUGCAGUUCCCGUUUACAAAAUCAUUAUUUUAUCCAAUUCGACAAGCUUCCAGGCUGCUACAAAUCCACUCUGACGGAUGUGACUCAAUUGACUCAAAACGUGAUUGAUCUGGCCGAAUCUUCGGUGUUCAUUGACCUGUACACAAUCUGCCCGAUGUGCUACGAGACGAUUCAGCCAAGCCAAGAACACAGAAGGAUGGCUGGAUGCAAAACGUACAAAUGCGGACACACGUUCCAUUUGACCUGCAUUGCCGAAGUAAGCUUGAAAUUGUGUUUUUUCACGUUUCACAUGAACAUAUUCAGAGCGACCGCAAGAAAUUGCUCGAAGAAGGCGAAUGCUAUGCGUGCUCGGACCAACUUGACCGCUUCGAUGUUUAG